AUGUGGGAUCAAUCAACCAAAGACUCACCUAGACAUCGAUACACACAGGCUGCCAAUGCUGGCAAAUUUCUGUCUAUUAUUCUUGCUCUCAUCCACCGGCCAGGCCUCAAAAAGAUUCGAGGAUUGGUUACUAACACUGGCCUCAAAAAGAUUCGAGGAUUGGUUACUAACGCUGGCCUCAAAAAGAUUCGAGGAUUGGUUGCUAACGCUGGCAACUUUCAGUCCACCGGCCGGGCCUCAAAAAGAUUCGAGGAUUGGUUCCUAAUGCUGAUUCGAGGAUUGGUUCCUAAUGCUGGCCUCAAAAAGAUUCGAGGAUUGGUUGCUAACGCUGGCACCUUUCAAUCCACUGGCCGGGCCUCAAAAAGAUUCGAGGAUUGGUUCCUAAUGCUGCCGGGCCUCAAAAAGAUUCGAGGAUUGGUUCCUAACGCUGUACUAAUAUUUCUACAAUACAAGAGUCAAUUAGUAGUAAAUCUCCCAAAGUCGACGCGGCUACUUUCAACAACUUGUUCUAAACUUGGUUACUACUACAUCAUGGGCCGACCUCGGCUGUAUCACACAUCACAAGAUAAAAUUGAGGCUGCUCAUUCUUACCGCAAGAAAUACUAUGCAAAGAGACGCAGAAAUAGUGCAAUCAUCAGCAAGAAGAACCGGCAAAAAUCUUGCAAACAACACAACUGUCCGACCAACAAUGAUGUUGAUUCCCAAAACCGUAGCAGGUACAGCGUCCGCACGAGAUCAUCACAAAGGCACCCAUGGCAGGAAGACCUCACAAGUGCCGAAGCUGCACUUGCAGACAUUAUUGGUGGAUCCUCGCGAAGACUUUUAGAUGGCUGGUGGUAUGGAAGGCAUUCAACAACGUCUCCGGCUACUUCAUGGAUCGUUUUGCAGGCUAUGGGGACAGGAGAGGAGUUGCAGCGAGUAGAUUUGAUAUCCCAUCAAGCAUCUAGCCUCAUCUUAGCACUGGAGGACUUGCUCAUGCAUGUCAUGGUCGACCCUCACGAUGCGCUGGAAGGUCAUACACGUGUCCGUCUCUCCAUGUGUGAUCCCCUUUGGGUCGACAUCACUACAACACCCUACAUGGCAGAGCCAGAGGAGUCUGUGACUGUGUACGAGGGCAGUGUCGAGUUUGAUGAGGCCGUCUAUGCUAUGGCGGAUGAAUGCUUUAUUUUUUCGUAUCUAGGAAUAUUCUACAACAUGCCUGCCAAGCGCGAUCUAGAACCACCUUUCUACUGCGUUACCUAUGGCCGCUACAUUGGAGUUUUUCCGUCAUAUCUCUGGUGA